GUCGACCGAGCGGAGUGGCUGAGGGAUUUGCGCGGUGGAGAUGAUGGGGAUCUGCCUGAACUGGGGUCUUGCGGGCGUCUUGGUCGUGCAGAUAUACAACUACUUCGAAUCUUCCCCCCGCGAUCCCCUCCUCGUCAAGGUGCUCGUGUACACGCUCGCGGCGCUGGAUGCGGUGCAGACGGCGAUGGUCACGGCGGACGCGUUCCACUGGUUCGUGUUCGGCUUCGGCGACAUGGCGCGGCUGAACGACACGUUCCUCAACUCGUGGGACGUCCCGGUCCUCGACGCCAUCAUCUCGCUCGUCGUGCAGGCGUUCUACUGCUGGCGCAUCUGGUACCUGCGCAAGAGCUACGUCAUCCCCAGCGCGAUUCUGCUCGUUGCGCUGCUCCAGUGCGGCGCGGGCAUUGCGACGGGCGUCCGGGCCCAUGAGCUUGGGAAGCUCUCCCUGAUUGGCACCGAGGUUGCCCAGCAAACGAUCUGGCUGGUGGGCGGGGCCGUCGCAGACGUCGCGAUCGCGGUGGUGCUCUCUUGGACGCUCUUGCACGAGCGCAAAGGCUCGUUGCCGACGACGCAGAGUCUGAUCACGCGCGCAGUGCGGCUGAUUGUCGAGACGAACGCACUGACUGCCGGCGUAGCAGUGAUCGCGCUGAUUAUCUACUGGGGCGUACCCGCCCAUCCCGCACUCGUCGUUCCCCCAACGGCCAUCAUCGGCAAACUGUACACCAAUUGCCUCAUCGCGGUAUUCAACAACCGCAGCAAAAACUUCGCCGGGAGCAACUCCGCCCACGGCAUGCAGUCGCUCAACCUGCCCCGCCCCCCGCGCUCCGCCACGCGCCGCGCAGACUCGGGAUCCGGGUCCGCGCACGACCUGGGGGGCGUGCGGAUCCACGUCGUGAAGGAGAUGGAGCUGGGCAUGGGCAUGGGCAUGGAUAUGCGCCCCGAGAGCGAGACGGACAUGGCUUCGGAAGAUAUCGAGUUCCGUAAACAUUGAAGCAUGGAUCGUGGAUCGUGUUUGGGUGUGGGAUUUGAAUGUAUCUACUGUAUAUACCACCACCGCCACUGGACGUUUUCUUUGGGUGUACAGCAUCGGCUCUCACGUAUAGAUAGAGCGUAGAGGAGACCGAGUGUUCUCGAACGCAUCUGUUGUAUGGAUUACUUACAACAUAGCAAAUUGAUCUUUUGAGUAAAUCA